CCUUCCGAAAGGUAAACAAAGUGUACUUUUUCCACUUUUUACACUGAAAAUAAGUGAAAUUUGUGCAAAAAUUGAAAAGUUCGUGUAAAAAACAAUGAUUACCCACAUUCGCACCAUGAAAGCUAUCCGGAUCGGUUGAAAAUUACGCUUAAAACUUGAACUUUCAAGCGAAAUGGACAUUUUCCAGAAUCACUGCUCGGAGAGCCUUGGCUUCGAUUCGAUGCUGGCUGCAAACCCUCUCAAUUCACCGCUGCAGAGCACCGAAUCACCAACCCAUUUAAAUUUCAACUCUUCACCGUACUUUGUCACAAUUCCGUCGAGUACAGUGGUAAACGGCAGCAGCAGCAUCAUCACUCUGCCCUCAAUCAGCUGCACCUCAACCGGAGUGACCUCAUCCGGACCGAACGAUGUCCUUCUGCCGAGCAUAUUUGUCAAGGUGCCGAUGCAAAUCAACCAGCAGUAUCAGCAGCAAAGCCAGUCCCGGAAUAAUUCGGAGGAAAUUAAAUGCGAGGACAAAUCCGAACCGAUCAAGCGGGAAUUGGGAGAUUUGCGUGCGCUGGAGAAGGGAACCGCCAUGGUUCAGUUGCCAAGCAUUUCCGAGAGCUACCUGGAAGAGGACCGUCAGGAGCGGCGGGAGGAAGAGCUGAGAGUGCACUGCUGCGAAUUUUGUCCGUUUGUUACGCUGGUGGAGCAAAGCCUGAGAGAUCACGUGCGUACCAAGCAUCCGAACAGGGAACGGGAAGCCGUCGAGUUUCUGAACUGCCCGGCGUGUGAGAAUAAGUUUCGGCAGAGAAAUUUGCUGGAACUGCAUCUGGGGAGUGAUCACAUGAUGGUGCAGUCGGAGGUAACACUGUUCAUGGACCGCAGGUUUCCGCGGGUGCAGGAACCCAGAGAAUCGACGGGAUGUGAAGAUUCUAUUCAAGAUGCUAAUGUGGCUCCGGUGUCCGAGUCGCAACCAACGGUUGCUCCAGAGCAGAACCGAAGACGAAUUUACAUCAAGAAUGUACAGCUUCUCAAGAAACCCGAUGUCAUCGAGCAGGAAAAUGUUCAUCAAGCUCAACAGCAGCAUCAGCAGCAGCAAACAGCACAGCAUCAACUCCAACAGCAAAAUGGGAAGAUCUAUAUUCGUAAUGUUUCCUUGCUGCAGAAUGCAAACUACGUACAGAAUGUGGACAACGUUUUUCAGAACCCUUCCGGGUUGCACGAGAGCAAAUACAGUUUUGUGGUUCCUGCGCCGAGCCCCAACAGUCAAUCGCCCCCCAUCAGCAUAGGAGAGUCUGCGGUGAAUGGAACUCCCCAGCCCAGCAAGAUAUUUAUCCGCAAUGUGGACAUUCUAAGGAAUCCUAUGAUUCCAAUUACGCCACCAACGAUUACUUCCACAUGCGAAAUGAGUCGUGCAAGUAGCAGCGAAAGUAUGUACACAACUCCACCGCCGACGAUGGUCAGUCCUGCCACCUCGGUGUCCAGUAUCGGUACGCCAUCGUCGAUGGGAUUCUCCGGACUCAAUAUGGUAAUUCUUCCGACGCCAACCUGCAGUAGCAACUCUUCGACUCCGCCGACUAUUUCCACACCUCCGUCGUUGACGGUUGCCAAUUUCGGAUCGGUUCAGUCACAGCAUCCGGCCACGAGAAAGAGUAAGAUAUUCAUCAAGAACAUCAGCGUUCUCAAGCAACCGACAAUCCACCUAAAGUCCGUUGAUGAGCUUAAUUUGAUGACCAUCGAUCAGCUACAGUUGCAGAAUUUGCUACCGCCAACGAACAGCUCCCAAAGCAUGGAGGGUAGUGAUCUGAGUGGAAACGGCGGACAGCAAUCGAUGGAGGAGGAGGAGGAGGACAAUUUCGGUAACAUACUGGACGAGGUGCCAUCCGAUCUGGAUGAUUUUCAUGUCGAGGGUAAUCAGUAUCAGGAGAUGCAGGGAUGCGACUCGGCUUGUGGUAGCGUUACGGAGCAGGGACCUUACCAACAGGAGUUCAAUAACGAUUUUAUCAUAAUCGAACCGGGUAAUUCUUCGGAAAACGUCACGUACGAGGAAGCCCCAGAUCAUUUGCGGAUCCCACCACAUACAAAUGAACUGAUGAACCAUCAGCAGUUGCCACAACCGCCGCCAAAUCCCCCCGAAUCGCAGCAGUACCAUCAUACGGACGAAGACAUUCUUUUCGUUUGUGCUGAAGAGAUUAUCAACCUUGAUCCUCCGGUUCCACAAGAGUCAGCAUCGUCCGAACCUCCAUCAAUCCAGCCAUCCCCUCCGCCAGAACCGCCCCCGCCACAACCACCGCAAGCUUAUCAGCCACCACAAUUGCAGCAAGGUCGCAUCUACGUUUCGGACAAUUUGAUGGAACCCAAUGCACCUACUCCUCUGCCACCGCCUCCCCUGGCGCUUCCAGUGCAUGACUCAACGAACUCUCCACUCAAUCAAAUAGAGCAAAUCAAAAUCAUCUUACCUACUAGUCAUCCCACCGAAUACCAGCUGGCUCAAACGUCGUCGGCGAUGGACAAGGAACGCGCCCGCAGCAGAGGUCGCCCGAAGGGAGCCAGGCAAACCGGUAUUACCAAGCUCAAGAAACUCUACACCAACCUCACCCCAAUGGAGGAAGGCUACAAGUGCGACCAAGGCGACUGUGGUGCUCGCUUCCGGCAACCGGACACGCUAACCUAUCACAAAAAAUGCCACCUCCCAUCCUCUGACGGUACGACUACGGAAGGCAAUCGGUGCCCGGAGUGCGGCUCGCAGGAAUUUCGCAAUUGGAACACGCUUCACACGCAUCUCUGGCGGGAACACUCGAUUGACAUGGAGCUCUAUUCCUGCCACCUGUGCAAUUUCAAAACCCCUGUCCUCUGUAGACUGAACAACACCCACAUGAAGAUACACUCGGACGAGAAGAACUUCAUCUGUGCCAUCUGCAAUAAAGCCUUCAAGAAUAACAAACAACUGAGGAACCACCGGCGAUCGCAUCGGGACCUUCACCAGAUUCAACUGCCGAAGGAAAGUCAACCGCAGGAGACGGAGGUUCGAAGUGUCCGGCAUCAGUCCAUUCUACCAGUAAAGUGCGUGAAAUGUGGAUUGGUGUUCCCGAACCAAAAGUUCCUUAAGACGCACGUCGAAUGUAGACACGUCCCGGAUGGCUCUUUGGUUGAGGGUCGCAUGAAAUGUUCGAUAUGUGGAAUGGUCUUUAAAACCAGAUAUCUACUGCAGUCGCACGUGGCCAAGCAUUCCGACGAGAAGAGAUUCAAAUGCUCCAGCUGUGAUUUCUCCUGUAACGAUCACAACUCCAUGCGGAGGCAUAAAAUGAGGCACAACUCGGAAGCGCACAUGUAUCGGUGUUCCUACUGUGAUUACACCAGUAUUCAGAGCACAACCUAUCGGAAACAUCUGGAACGUAUGCACGCCGAUGUGGCUCCCAAUCUGCUGUACAAAUGUUCGGACUGUGCUUUCGUGUCCAUCAGCGAGGUGAAAUAUCAACUUCAUCGGGCUAAGCAUAAACUGGGUAUUGCAAAUCCCAUCCAAGAGGAACCGGAUCCCAGCAGGGCGACGACUGAAUCAGCCGAGCAGGCGACUGAAGAAGAUCCGGAACGUCUCUGCGAAAGCGUCAACUCCGAUGUGGUCAUUGUGGAGAAGGACUCUUCGGAACCUCCGGUGGAUGCAUUUUCGUUGAUUCCGCCAACCGUCAACGAGCAGCACGAUCAACAAUUUCCACUCAUACGGCCGGCUGGGUUUGCCCACAACCUUUCCAAAGUGGAUAAUUUCUAUGUCUAUGGGAACGCUGGCCCCGUGGAUAAUAGUGGUCAUCAUUAUCAACAACCGCCAGCGGUUGCGCCAUUACAACCGACUGUGGGACAGCAGGAUGAUGUACAAAUGAUUGAGACAGAUGUGGGUAAUGCAGCCGGGGCUAUCGUCACUACUGGGGGAUCAAAUGGGCAUCAGCAGCAUGGGUAUGAUUCGCUGAUUAAUAGCAUUGCAACGAUGGUACCGUUGACAUACGGGGAAAGCGCUCUUGGUAGUUAAACUAGUUUUGACGGGAUUUAUGUAAGGAUUAAACCUUGUUUUUUUUCUAAAUGUGAUAUUAGAGGUAAGAU